UUUAUUACGCAUGCGUUCCGGAUCAAUCGGAAUAAUUCGCCACGGAUUCGUGUUUUGCAUAUUUUCCAGUCUACUUUCAGUGUUCAAGUUUUAUGCAGCAUCAGAAACUAAAUCCAAAUUUUGAACCUCAAAAUUAAUCAGUUUUUUGUGCUGGAAGCACAUUUUAUAGUGUUCUAAGUAAACUUUAUUCUCUAAAAAGCCGAAUUUUUCUCGACUAUGUGAUCUUCUUAUAGAGUAGGGAAAGCUAAUCAGAAUGUUGAACGCCUAUUCGGAGUCACAAUCUGACGUCGAAAAUGAACAAAACGUUAUUGGAACCAAACAGAAACCACGCCCAGUGGGCAACCGAUGUCCGGAGAAGCGCAGCUCGCUCGUUAGACGCAGUGUCUCGUCUGCCAAGAACCACAGACGACCCAGCGUCAACAGCGUGUACAACGAGGGCCAGUUCAGCGAGUCGUGCAGCAUGCGCAAGAAUAAGGCAAAUAAGGCCGCUGGUUCUGCUUCGUCCUCCAGUGGGACUACGAUGGAAUCGUCUGGAAGCAGCUGUAGCGAUGGUGACACUUCAUCGUCCUACGGGGAACCCAAUCUUCCGUACCCAGGAUUUGCAGAGUAUUCGCUCAAGUAUCUCAGCCAGGAUACGAAACCGAGAAUUUGGUGCUUGCAGUUGAUAACCAAUCCAUAUCCUUUUCAAAACAUAAUUGUUUGUAGUCUGCAGUAAUUCUUUAAUUUUCAGUUGAAUCUUUUUGUUAUUCAGAUUCUGUCUACAAAUUCUACAAUCAUGAAUAAUUUUCCUUAAUUAUCUGAAAUACAUGGUUUGAGCGAGUCUCCAUGCUGGUGAUCUUGCUGAACUGCGUCACGU